AUGGCGCUGCAGUGCCUGUUGCGAUUUGGCACUCUAUCGUGGCACUCCGGAGAGGUUACGACCUAUCCGCGUCGUAAAUUCCUUAUGCAACAGAAGUUUAACGGACUCAACAGCAACAAGAAGUUUAACGGACUCAACAGCAACAGAAGUUUAACGGACGCCGCGGCAACAGAAGCAAUUAACGGACACACAGAUGACUGCAUCACUGACAGACACAACAACAGGGACAGUAACGGACACCAACCCCAGACGCCCAACCCAAGCCAACCCGCGCCACCCAAGCUAACCCAGACGCCAAACAACCCACCCCAACACAAGCCAACCUCAGACGCCCAACCCAAGCCAACCUCAGACGCCCAACCCAAGCCAACCAUAGACACCACCCAAACCAACCCAGACGCCAACCCCAAGCCAAUCCUAUCCCCCCAGACCAACCCAGACCAAACCAACCGACCCAGACGCCCACCCAAACCAACCCAAGCAACCAUAAACGCCCAACCCAACCAACCAACCCCAUAA